AGUCCGACAUUCUACAUCGACGUGAACGCACUUACUUGCGCCAGUGAUCAUCCAAAGUAUUUUUAAUAACAGUAAGACUUCCUGCAAAAAUUAAUUAUAUUUUAAUAUAAUAAUUAUAAUUCAACAGUCCAAAGACAGUAAAAAAGAAAAAAAAUUAAUACGUACCAGUGCCGUGCGGGAAGAAAAGUGUCUUUUGCAACAGGAUGCGAACUUCCUGAAAUUUAAGAAGAAGAUUAACUGGGGAUCAUAACGAUGGAUUGGAGAAACGGGAGCCUGUACUUCCUGUGGCUGGUGCUGGGACUGGCGUCGAUUAACGGAUAUGCGGAGAAAAAAGUUGUUUGUUAUUAUACCAACUGGUCGAUAUACAGGCCAGGCACGGCCAAGUUUUCACCUGAAAAUAUAAAUCCCUAUCUGUGUACGCAUCUUAUUUACGCUUUUGGAGGGUUUACGAAAGACAAUACGCUCAAACCGUUUGAUAAGUAUCAAGACAUUGAAAAAGGUGGAUAUGCCAAGUUUAAUGGUCUGAAAACCUACAAUAAGAAACUAAAAACGAUGCUGGCGAUAGGAGGGUGGAAUGAAGGUUCUUCACGAUUUUCUCCGAUGGUAGCAGAUCCAGAGAGACGUCGAGCGUUGGUUAAAAACGCAGUUAAAUUUUUGCGUCAGAAUCACUUUGAUGGACUGGACCUCGAUUGGGAGUACCCGGCUUUCCGAGAUGGCGGGAAGCCGAGGGAUAAAAAUAAUUACGCGGAUCUUGUCCAGGAACUGAGGCAAGAAUUCGAGAGGGAAUCAUCGAAGACUGGACGACCGAGAUUGCUUCUUUCUAUGGCAAUACCCGCGGGUAUUGAGUAUCUGGAGAAAGGAUACGAUUUGGCAAGACUCAAUGAGUACCUAGAUUUCUUCAAUCUUCUAUCCUACGACUACCACUCGGCAUUUGAACCUGCCGUUAAUCAUCAUUCCCCGCUCUACGGGCUCGAGGAGGACAACGAGUAUAAUUAUGACAACGAACUCACUGUCGAUUUUACAAUGUCUUAUUUACUUAAACAUCACGUUUCUCCGGACAAAUUAAUCUUGGGAAUCCCAACUUACGGACGCUCGUACACUCUAUACAAUCAAGACGCUACUGCGAUUGGCUCUCCGGCAGAUGGUCCGGGAGAAGAAGGAGACGCUACUAGAGAAAAAGGAUACCUUGCUUAUUAUGAGAUCUGCGAAAAUGUUAAGUCAACUCAGUGGGAAGUCGUGCAGCCUAAUCCAAAAGCCAUGGGUCCGUAUGCUUUCAAAGGCAAUCAAUGGGUCGGUUAUGAUGAUGAAGAUAUUGUCAGAAUGAAGUCUCUGUAUGUUAUUGAAAAGAACUUGGGCGGUAUCAUGUUUUGGGCGAUUGACAAUGAUGAUUUCCGUGGUAAUUGUCAUGGUCGUCCGUACCCACUUAUUGAGGCGGCCAAGGAAGCCUUGUUAAGUGCAAUUGAAAAUGAACAAACGACACAGAAACCAAAAUCAGGACUCAGGAAAAAAACCAGACCUCAACUCAGUAGCCAAAGGUCAAACGACUCCAAUAACAGACGAGCAAGACCUGAAAAACAAAGACCUACUACAACUCAGUCUCCAAGAAAACGAGUUUCCCAGAGAACCGAGUCUAACGCUCGAAACCGGGGAAGUUCAGAAGAAACCGAGGACCGGAAAGUUGAAGACGAAGGCAACGCUAUUAGACAAACCAGUGGUCAAUGGAAAUCGAACCAGAGAAACCGAUCGAGCAAAGGAACAAAUCGUAGAAAGGUUCAGACGACUGAGAGGUAUGAAGAACCAAUUGAAGAAGAAGCUAGAGAAUCCACGAGUGGCAGAUUGACGACACCGGAACCUCCUACUACUCCUGAUCCUGGAAGUGAUUUCAAAUGCGAAGAUGAAGGAUUUUUCUCUCACCCGCGAGACUGUAAGAAAUAUUUCUGGUGCCUCGACAGCGGCCCGGGAGGUCUCGGUAUCGUUGCUCAUCAAUUCACAUGUCCGUCGGGAUUAGUAUUCAACAAAGCCGCAGACUCGUGCGACUAUCCCAGGAAUGUUGUUUGUCCAAAAGCGAAAACCAAAGCCGCCACAACAACUCCCAAAGCUCCGGUCACUACUACGAGCCGGCCGACCACCACGACGAGACGUACCACGACUACAGAAGAGACGAAUUCUGCCGAAGAGUACGAGUAUGAAGAAGACGAAAAUGCGACUGACGAAGAAAUUAUUGAAGAAAUAAAAAGUACGACCUCGAGACCGCUGAUUUACAAAACGAUAUCGAGGAAUAAGCCAACGACUACGACUACGGAAGCUACUGAAGCUCCAACGACGAAUCCCCCGAGGAUUUUCAAGCCGAAUUCCGCGAAAGUCUUCGAUCUAGAAGAUGAAGAGGACCCGAGAGUCAUCAAGGAACUUAUUGAGCUAAUCAAAAAAGCUGGAGGCUUGGAACAGUUGGAACGCCAGCUGAAUAUCCAGGAGAAGAGUCCAAUGAGAAAGUCCGACACUGGAGACGACGGACAAGUCGUCACUCCGGCGACAAUCAGCCGCAGUUUGUACGAAAGAGUCCUCAGUCGGCAGGCAAACAAAGUCAACCAUUUGUUCGGGCCGACUACUCAGAGAUCUACCACCGAGGAAUCCAAAAAGAUCAAGAGCGAAACGCAAAAUGGACCAGGUGGAGCGCAGUUCGAAGGUCUAGAUGACGUUCCGGAAGUAAAAAGUCUCAGACGCACUAAAAAACCACAGUAUGUUACUAUAGAAAGACAAAGACCUUCCACCACUCCGGUAUUUGAAGAUGAGUUCGACGAAGAAGAACUGGCGGAUGAAAGCUCCGAGCAAGACAAUGCGGAUGUUGCGUCCUCUGAAGAGCAAACGGUUAGCGACCUUCCGGAAAGUAGAAAAGACUCGGCUAAGAAAGUGACGCCUAAUUACGUAAACAUUCGUCGUAGUCGUCCGACUACUCCUGCGUAAGUUAAAUAUUU